CCCCUCCGCUCCGGUGAUUGCUAGCCGGGCGGCAGGGUCGGAGUCGUCGCAGCCACCUCAUUGCACAACCCGGCUUCCCAACUGUUUACACAGCCCGGUCUGUGAGUGUGUGUGUAUACAGCGUGAGUCACCGGGAGGCGGAGGAGGUGGAGGAAAAGGAGAAGGAGGCGUGCACUGGCCGGGGUCGGUGCGGCGACACACUCACUCACACUCAGUCACUCUCUCCGAGCGCGUCUCGCUAGCUCACACGCCAGGAGCCCAGGAGCGCACAGGAUCCGGAGCCCCGCGGAAAAGUUGCUCCAGCUUGGCUCCGAGACUUUUUGCUUUGGGAAGUACAUUGGAUCCGAGGCUUAUCGGAUCCCGCGGAAUCCUGUACCUCGCGGCUCGGGACCCAGGGAACGCCAGCCGCCGCCUCUGUCUCCCGGACUGUUCGCAGCCGCGGCAAUAAUAACGGCGGCCGUCCCCGGCCAGGCGCCCGGAGCCGGUGCCCGUGGGGAUCCGGGGAACCGAACCGGCCUUCACCCCCUGGACGCGCGGCCAGCGUGGUCUCCGCGUGCACCGCGAGCUCCAGUGAGCGACUUCUGCUCUAAUCCCCGUGAGGGCAGAGCCAAGCCCGGGCUGUAUACUCUGUCCCGCGAGCUGGAAAAAGUCGCGGCGCCGAGCCCGCAGCGCCUUCCCGCGCGGGUCGCCGGACGCACAAAGCCGGCGCCGCCUCGGCCCGGGACGGGAUGCGGGCCGGCCCCGUGCGCUCGGCCAUGAGCGGCGCCGCGCAGUCCCGCAGCCCGGUCCUACUUCUCCCGGGCGCCCGGGGCACCCCGGCCAAGCGCCUGCUGGAUGCAGACGACGCGGCAGCCGUGGCGGCCAAGUGCCCGCGCCUCUCCGAGUGCUCGAAUCCCCCCGACUACCUCAGCCCUCCCGGCUCGCCCUGCAGCCCGCAGCCCCCGCCUGCCGUGCCGGGCGCCGGCGGCAGCUCUGGGAGCGCGCCGGGGCCCAGCCGCAUCGCUGACUACCUGCUGCUGCCCCUGGCCGAGCGCGAGCAUGUGUCGCGGGCGCUGUGUAUCCACACCGGCCGAGAGCUGCGCUGCAAGGUGUUUCCCAUUAAACACUACCAGGACAAAAUCAGGCCUUAUAUCCAGCUGCCAUCACACAGGAACAUCACUGGCAUCGUGGAAGUGAUCCUUGGGGACACCAAGGCCUAUGUCUUCUUUGAGAAGGACUUUGGGGACAUGCACUCCUACGUGCGAAGCCGGAAGAGGCUGCGGGAAGAGGAGGCUGCUCGGCUCUUCAAGCAGAUCGUCUCUGCUGUUGCCCACUGCCACCAGUCGGCCAUUGUGCUGGGGGACCUGAAACUUAGGAAAUUCGUCUUCUCCACGGAGGAGAGAACCCAGCUCAGACUGGAGAGUCUAGAAGACACACAUAUAAUCAAAGGGGAAGAUGACGCCCUAUCAGACAAACAUGGCUGCCCAGCCUAUGUGAGCCCCGAGAUCCUGAACACGACCGGGACCUACUCUGGAAAGGCAGCGGAUGUUUGGAGCCUAGGGGUGAUGCUCUACACCCUUUUGGUCGGACGAUAUCCCUUCCAUGACUCAGACCCCAGUGCCCUUUUCUCCAAAAUCCGACGUGGACAGUUCUGUAUCCCCGACCACAUUUCCCCCAAAGCCAGGUGCCUCAUCCGCAGCCUCCUGAGACGAGAGCCUUCAGAGAGACUCGCUGCCCCCGAGAUCUUGCUCCAUCCCUGGUUCGAGUCCAUCUUGGAACCUGGCUAUGUCGACUCAGAAAUAGGAACUUCAGACCAGAUUGUCCCACAGUACCAGGAGGACAGUGACAUUAGUUCCUUCUUCUGCUGAUCCCAAAACCUCAGAAACCUCAUAAUUCUCACACAUGGCAUUUCCAUUUCUAAAGAUGGACAGAUCUUCCGGCGUUGUGCCAACCAGAUAGGUGACUACGUCAAGAAUGUAGCUGCUGAGUUCAACGUGUUGUCUCUUCUAGUUUGUCGUGACGAGUGACUUUAUUGAUUUGAGCAACAGACACUCUUUGGCUGCCCUGAAAAACUUGUUUCCUUUCUUAACAAACCCUUGCAAAUCCCCUUUUGUCAGAUUCGGGGUCCCUUAUCUUUUGUAGGUGGUAAAGAAUAUGGACAUCCUACAAAUAGUGAAAUCAGCUUGAACGUUAUAAAAGGUGAUGAACUGAAUCGCACCGUGGCAUUCUGGGCAAUAACCAUAUUUUAACAGGGUGACGAUGAACUAUCUGGGCCAAUUAACUUGCUGCCUUUGAACUCUUCUUUGGUGGCUAGACUUUUGCUACCCCAGUGUCCCUGAUUGGAAGGGUUGUGUGUGUUUUUUGGCUGAAACACUCACUCUUUCUUCACGCUCACUCUUACCAAGGACUCUGCUCCAUGUUUGGAGCAGACGAUAGCAGGAGCAUAGGAGCCUGCCUGGACCACAAACCCGGACUCUCACCUCCAUCUCCUGCCAAGACCUCAUACGCACUAAUGCCUUCUCCCUGACCUUGACCUUGAGACCCCCCCCAAUCCCGUUUAGCUGUGAAAGCACUUACCAGCUAACAACGGAAAAGUAUCACAAAAGAUCCGAACUCUUGGCGAUUUCAGAACUCUGAGCUCAGACAGAGAAACUGCAGGCUUUUGAAUCAUUUGAGUGUUUGGAAGUGUUACCUUUGUGGUUUGCCCUCAAAUAUGUUAGCACUUAAUCUCCCCGCCCCCACCCCAUCCCCCCCGCCCCCGCCAGCACUAUCUCAGGGUGGGCGUUUUGCCUAAGAGAAGAAAGAUAGGAGACUCCCCAACCCCUCCCAAGAGCAAAUGUAAAACACCUCUGUGCUGCAGAGAAAGUGAAUUUUGGAGUCUUGUGAAGGAACCUCAGACCCAGCUUCCAGAAUUCCCCUUUAACCCUUCACGGAUAUGGUCUGCCUCUGGCAUUGCGUGCACGCCUGUGGUUUCGCAUGAUGGGUGGUGAAUAUUUCAGAUGUGGCGUGGCUUAUGAAUACAUCUGUGGGGUCUGCUUCUGGGGUGAGACCGUUAAGCCCCAAACCUUCGAAGGUGGAAGGGACUUUAAAAGUACCUGGUCUGCCCUCUCUCCUCUGCCACCUCCCAAUGCAGGAUACCACCUCGCACCCCCACCCCCACCCCCACCUCACCCCUUCACCUUCUUUCCCAGAUGGGAAUACAUCCUCUAUCUGAAUGCUUCCAGAGAUGGGAACGCGAUACCUACAAAAGAUAGCGCUUCAUGGCGGAACUGCAGCUCACAUUAAAAAAACAAGUACAGAUGAAAUACCAGUAAAUGUCUUGAGCAGUGCUGAAAUCAGGUAGUUAAACGGGUAAAUGAAACAUACUGUAUUCAAGAUAUGGCAAAAAGAAAAAAAAAGCAGUCAUCUUCAAGGGCUACGCCUCGGCAAACUACUAACAUGCAUUGUGAGAAUGCUGUGGAUACCUCAUGUACCAUGUACUUUGUACAUACAUUUUACCUUUUAUACCUGUGUCCGAUAUUUUUUGUUGUGUUAGCUCUGAGGCUUGUUUUGUUGUCUGUGUCUGUCUCAGUAACCUGCGUGUCUAAAACCACGUGAAAUGUGAAUGAGUAUUGGCAAUAUGACCUUGACCGAAUCGUGGACGCGAGGAUGGGGAGGACAAGGCCUCUGCUGCACUAACGCUCUUGUGGUUGCUUGACUGUUGUAUCUGUGAUACAUUAUCCGGCUGAGGACUCUGGGCUGGCAGGGGCUUCUGCCGGGAAAGCUAGAAACACUAGGUCCUUCCUGUACAUGUGUAUAUAUUAUGGACAUGGCGACGGUCAUCCGACCUGUAGAGAAAUUUUAAUAAAUCUGGUUUCGUAA